UAAUUGUAUCAACAAGCCAAUAAAAAUGUUAAUAAUAGUCUUUAAAAUAUGAUGGUUUCGUAAAGAAUUGAUUUAUCUAUCCGAUAUAGUUAUAUGUGCAGUGGUAAUACUCUUUGCCAGUAACAUUAAACCUAUCAAAGUCGAGGAAUAUAAUUCCGAUGAAGAAAAAAUAACAAAAGAAUCUCACCAAGAAAACCGGCAUAAACCGCGAGACCAUAACAAAGUCAGGGUACAAAUUUGGAUUUUACCACAAGCAGGAAUCCAACAAUCUCACAGGGCUACGGCAUGUUCUAGUCCAUCAAAUGGUUCGUGAACACUCCCUACGAUCCGAGUGAGGUCUUCCUCGAUACGCCCUCCAUUACCGGAAAACGCCAACGAGAUUGAACGCCUUCAUCAUCAUAGCUGCAACUCAAAAGCAUUCCGACAUGGACUCUACUGCCACACGUACUGUUACCUUUGUGUACAACUACAAGGACCAUGAAAACAAAGACUGCGUAGCCCAGCUGGACAUCAAACUCCCAUUCGACCAGGAGAACCUGGAGGAGUGUCUUACGCAGCUCCUCAACCAAAUGGAUCCCAUGAUGCGAUAUCUCGACGAGAACAUCAAUUUGGAGAGCAAGCUGCAGGACUUUGUGGACACUGAGCACCAAAAGUUCCUGGACGACUACGCCGAGAAGUUGAUCACCCAAGCGGCCAACGAAGAAAUCGACGUGGAGGCCAUUGUGCGGAAUACAGAGCGGCUGUAUAAGGACGAGCUGCUGCAGUUUGCAGAUCGUGUGGGCCCCAGGGACGAGGAUAUAUUUGCGCAGAGUUUCCAUCGCCUCGUGCACUCCUCGUCGCUCGAAGAGAUUCUUAAACGAGAACGAGCCUAUGCCAAGGUAAUAGCCGGCAUGACGGAGCACAUGGACAGUGAGGUGGAGACUCUCAAUACGAGCCAGCAGCAGGAGAUGGACAGCCAAAUCAAUCAGCUGGAUAUAACCACCACCUCCGAGGACAUAAACAAUCUGCUGGCCCAGCAGUACACCACCCAGAACUUUGUCCGCAAGCGCUACGAGUCAGAGCUGGAGGCCAAGAUGGGUCACCAGAAGAACGAGUACCGCGACUGGAUCACGAGUCAAGUGAGCCAAAUGUUUCAGGUCUCGCCGGUGGCCACGCCGCUGGGCAAUCGCUCCUCCAUGUUCGUUUCGCAACAGCCAUCGAUGGAGGAGAGCUUCACCAUACAUCUGGGCUCCCAGCUGAAGCAUAUGCACAACAUUCGCAUUCUCAGUGCCAACGUGACGGAGCUCUGCAGUCCCCUGCAUGCCGAGGAGAGCUUAAAUGGCCUGAACAUGGCCCUGGGCCUCUACUCCAGCUCACUGUGUGGUGUCGUGGUGUUGACGCCGUCCAUUCAGGCGGAGGCCAACAAGAAUAUCAUCAAAAAUGCCAACAGAUCGACAGAGUUCCACUUUGAUCAGAUCGAUGUUCAGCUGGAGAAGAUCGAGAAGCAGAUCCGCAGCCUCAGCACCACCGAUUCGACCAGCACUCCGAGCACUGCCAGCAGCAACAGCAGUGCCGAGGGCAGCGUCACGCCCUCGCCCACCAAGAAGCAUGUGCCCCGACUGAAAACAGGAGAUUUCUUCAUUACCAAACACUCCAAUUUGUCUCAAUCUCAUGUCAUAUUCCAUCUGAUCUCGGACGAACCGAUUAACAGUCCAAGUGAGAUCAACUCACGUCACCCGGUGAUUUUGGGCCUGAGGAACAUCCUGAAGACAGCCAGCAGACACGACAUCACCACGCUGACGAUUCCGGCUCUGUUGCGCCACGAGAUGAGUGAAGACAUGACCGUACAGUGGUGCAUCAGGCGUGCGGAGCUGGUCUUCAAGUGCGCCAAAGGAUUCAUGAUUGAGUCAGCCUCCUGGGGCGGGGCAGAGUUAAGCACUUUGCAAUUGUUACUGCCGGAUGAUAUAUCGGAGAGCCUGUUCACCACGCUGGCGGGCAUGGUGCCCAGCGUUUUUCACGUGGCCAAUCCGAAGAUACUGGUGGACACCAGCAAGUAGUAGACAUUCCUCAAAUAACACUUGAACUUACAUAUAUAAAAGACUACUCUAAUGUAUUUGUAUGAAUAUACAGUUUAUUCAGAUUCAGA